AUGGAGCUCAGCAAUGCCAGCUUCCUCUUGCUGCCCUGCCAAUUGGCCUUAUCCUACUCGGGAGAGACUGCAUCUUUAGAGAGCGAGUUCGAGCCUGAGCCGGACCCGAACUCCUUCACCUCCCACCUUCCGCAGCACCUCUACCUGCACUGCCGCGUGGACUUCGGCAGCUGGGCGCUGCAGGGCACUGCGGCCCUCACCUUGCGGGCCGAGCGGGAUGGGCUGCGUUGCCUGGUUUUGGAUACAAAGGACCGUCAAAUAUAUAAAGUGACACUUAAUGGACAGGAGGCAAAAUUUGCACUUGAACAAAGACAUAGUUUCAAAGGGACACCAUUGGAAAUCACUCUUCCUUUUGAACUGAGAAGGGGACAAGAUGGGAUUGUGGAAAUUUCUUUUGAAACCUCUCAAAAAUCUUCAGUUCUCCAGUGGCUUACUCCAGAACAAACUUCUGGGAAGAAACAUCCAUUUCUCUUCAGCCAAUGUAAGGUUAUCCACUGCAGAGCCAUCCUUCCUUGCCAGGACACACCUUCUGUGAAAUUCACCUACUAUGCAGAGGUAUCUGUUCCUAUAGAACUGGUGGCUCUCAUGAGUGCCAAUCAUGAUGGAGAGAUGCCUGACCCAGAAGACUGCUAUAAGAAGAUAUAUCGUUUCAGUCAAAAGGUUCCAAUAUCUUCCGACUUGAUUGCGUUAGUGGUUGGGGCUUUAGAAAGCAGGAGUAUCUAGCCACAACACGAGAGAACAUUGCUGAGCCCACCCUCUCACUGUAAAGGAAAGGAAUACUCUUGUUGGCAAAGAAAGUGAUUUGUGCUCAUUCAGCUCAGCAGAUCUAAAGGAUUUGUCAUCUCAUCAGUUGAUUGAGUUCCUGACACUG